AUGUCAGGAGAAACUAUAGCUAAAUCAGCAAAUUCUGCCUUUGCUUUAUUAAAAACUUUAACUAAUGAACAAAGAUCAUUAGCUUUACAAAAAAUUCAUGAUUCUUUAUUAAAAAAUAAAGAAAAAAUUCUUGAAUCAAAUAAAUUAGAUAUGGAAAUUGCUAAAUCUCAAAAUUUAUCUUCAUCAUUAAUUAAAAGAUUAAAUUUAUUAAAUCCAGGGAAAUUUGAAUCUAUGUUACAAGGAAUAUUAGAUGUUUCUAAUUUACCUGAUCCAAUUGGGGAAAUCACUUUAGCUAAAAAAUUAGAUGAAGGAUUAAAUUUAUAUCGAGUAACUGCUCCUAUUGGAGUAUUAUUAAUUAUAUUUGAAAGUCGUCCUGAAGUUAUUGCUAAUAUAACUGCUUUAGCUAUUAAAUCAGGAAAUUCUGCCAUAUUAAAAGGUGGUAAAGAAUCUUAUCAAACAUUUAAAAUUAUGAGUGAAAUUAUUAAUCAAACUUUAAAAAAUGAAACUAAUGUACCAAAUAAUUCUAUACAAUUGAUUCAAAGUAGAGAAGAUGUUGCUGAUUUAUUAAAUCAAGAUAAAUAUAUUGAUUUAAUUAUUCCUCGUGGAUCUAAUGAAUUAGUUCGAAAUAUUAAAUCAAAUACUAAAAUCCCAGUAUUGGGUCAUGCUGAUGGUAUUUGUUCUAUUUAUGUUGAUAAUAAAUUUGAUAUUAAAAAGGCUAAAAAAAUUAUUAUUGAUUCAAAAACAAAUUAUCCUGCUGGAUGUAAUUCAGUGGAACAAUUACUUAUAAAUUCUCAUAUAUCCCAACAAGAAAUUAUUGAAAUUUUACAAAAUUUAAUUGCUAAUAAAGUUACAAUUCAUGUUACUCCAGAAAUUAAAUUUUUUUUAGGUGAUUUUUUAACAGGAGAAUAUAUUAAAGAUAUUGAAUCCGAUUCAUUUGAUAAAGAAUAUCUUUCAUUUGAUAUUUCGGUGAAAUUAGUUGAUAAUGUUGAUGAAGCCAUUAAACAUAUUAAUAAACAUUCAUCAAAACAUACUGAUUGUAUAAUUACAGAAGAUAAAUUUACAGCUGAGAAAUUUUUGAAAAGUAUUGAUUCUGCUGGUAUUUAUUGGAAUGCAUCUACUAGAUUUGCUGAUGGAUUUAGAUAUGGAUUUGGUACUGAAGUUGGUAUUAGUACUAAUAAAAUCCAUGCUAGAGGACCCGUUGGAUUAGAAGGAUUAAUGAGUUAUCAAUAUCAAUUAAAAGGUGAUGGUCAUAUAGUUGGAGAAUAUGUUGGUGGAGGAGGUAAUAAAUUAUUUAUUCAUGAAGAUUUAUCUUCUAUCUAA